GCCUCACGACGCCGUCACUCAGUGUACUACCGACCGCUCGUGCCCGAGGACGAAUCGUCGUUUCUCGUAAGCGGCAUUUAUUACGCAGUUGCGAGAUUUGCCGACCGCGUGGGCAUUUGCAAGGUACCCUUGCCGUUGGACGCGCUCGUUUUUCGGAUGAUACCAAAGUGCAAUACCCAGUGAUAACUGUCAUUAAUACGAAAAAAGUUUCCUACGACUGCCAGAGACUUGUUAAAAACAGACAUUAAACUUUGCAGUCUUUGUUUUUUUUUUCUUAGUGUUAGUGAUAAUCACGGACAACUAUAAUUUUAAGCUAUCUUACAAGGUUAACGCUUCUAGUCCGCCAGAGAUGAAUUGGAAAAUCGGCGCGUAGUCGCUCACGUGGUGCACGCCCCGCCCCCACCUCGCUCCGCGCUUAUAUUUAGCGAAAAUCGCCUCUAGGGAGCGGCCCGACGGCAGAUACGUAAACGCUCAUCUCUGUUUAUGCACGACGCCACAUGUUAUCGGCUUCGUGUAACAGGGCGAUAAGGAGUUAGAUAACCUUUGCGGAUCGCGGACUGAGUCUGACUGAUCACGUUCUGGAAAUAUAAAUAAUUCAGUUUAAAAAAUAAACUUCUGUUGUGAUGGUAAAAACCAAAGUAGAUUCGCGCCAUUGAGCGUUGCGUACGACACACCCACCAAAAAAUUCCACGGCCUAUCAACAUUACGCAUCAAAAUGUCUUUACAAAGAGGAAGUAGUUAUCAUAGUCCAUGGUCUUCGCAGACAGGGCUCUCAGAACUUGAUGGAACUAUGGUAGAAUUGGACCCCGUAGGAGAAUUAGCAGAAGUUGGCUUUGAACCACAAACGCGCGCUCGUUCCAACACGUGGCCACUGCCCAGGCCAGAAAACUAUAUUGAACCUGAAGAUUCUGGCUCAAAAAAGAAUUCCAAUCAGAAUUUAAGUGGUGCUCCACCUUUGCCAACUUCUGUUACAACAAAAAAGAACUCUUCGCGGCGUAACGCUUGGGGCAAUCUCUCCUACGCUGAUCUCAUCACACAAGCCAUAACCUCCUCUCAGGACAAUAGGUUAACGUUGUCUCAAAUAUAUGAGUGGAUGGUCCAAAAUGUGCCAUAUUUUAAGGAUAAGGGCGACAGUAAUUCCUCUGCUGGAUGGAAGAACUCGAUCCGGCAUAACCUGUCCCUACACAACCGGUUCAUGCGGGUCCAGAACGAGGGUACAGGAAAGUCGUCAUGGUGGAUGAUCAACCCGGAUGCAAAACCUGGGAAGUCAGUGAGAAGGCGUGCUUUAUCGAUGGAGACGUCAAAGUCAGAGAAAAGGCGAGGCAGAGUUAAAAAGAAGCCUGAAGCAUUAAGAAAUGGAGUCGCAGCUGACGCUACACCGAGUCCGAGUAGUUCAAUAUCUGAAAGUAUCGACACUUUUCCCGAUUCCCCGAUACACAGCAGCAGUUUUCAGUUAUCACCGGACUUCCGUCAGAGGGCCUCAUCCAACGCGUCAUCUUGCGGUCGGAUGUCUCCAAUACCUUCUUUAAUACCCUCGGAGCCAGACUGGGGAUCAGAUUAUAACCCUGUAGGAGACUUUGCUUCGACCAGUGAUUUCUCUCCAGCUGAUUACACUCAAGACCAAGACCUAGCAGGAACCCUCGCCGAUUCAAUGAAACUACACGGAACAGAUCCUUUUCUAAAUACGUACGUUCCAACUACUUCAUCGUCGUCAUCGGGUGGAAGUUAUCGCUUCGCAUAUGGCGCUUGUCCGCGACACCCACACGGCGGCUGUGCCUGUGCGUCGCUAUAUCCUGCACAUCCAGCGCACCCCGCGCAUCCCACUCAUCCGCACCAACAUGCGCUAGACCAUUUUGUCAGACCACCGCCACCCGCUGAUCCCGCUGACAUUAUGCUAACUGAAAACAGUCAGACACAAAUGGUGACGACGGCGGACCCCACGCUCAUGAACGGUGGUGUAAUGGUGCAGACAGGUGCCGUGGGCCCCACGACGGUAAUGGGGCAGAUUAUGGGAGCUCUUUACACUGGACUCUCGGAGGACUUAAAUAUUGAGACUUUAGAACAUAACUUCGACUGUAAUGUCGAUGAGGUCAUACGCCAUGAACUCAGCAUGGAUGGUACACUAGACUUCAAUUUUCCCCAGCAAAAUACCGCGAUGGCGGCCGAAGCGGAGAGUCAGUUCGUAGCACCAGCACCACCGGUGCCCACGACACUCUCAGGUGGUGGAGCUUCCCACACCCCCUACUCCGGACCCCCCUCUUGGGUCCACUGAAAAAAAUUAGUUACCUGCUUACAUGUUGAAAUAUGUAAAUGUCAUAUUCAACACACACGUUUAUCUGUAAAUACGACGCAAACAGAUUCUGUUCGAGUUGUUACUUUUGCAUGGUAGUCGAGAUUUUUUUUAUCAUGUUAACUAAUGUUAGAAUUUUAUUUAGCGUUAAUGUUAAGCGGGCCGUUACCGAUCGUUGUUAAAGUGUCAAUUGUGUUAGUGUAGGUAUUAGUCGUAAGCUAGGUGGGAGCUUGUGAUACGAGUAGUAUAUUAAUAUGUAGAGGACCGAGGAGGGGGGCGUAUGAUGGGACCUUAUCCAGUGGUUAAAAAGAUUUAUCAAGGUCUGCAUUGAUGAUACUGUCCUCUUUCAGAAGAAAUUUUAAACUGAAGAACAAUUAAAGUAAAUUUUUGCUACGAAAAUUAUUUCGAAGUGAAAUAUUGACAUUAAAAUCUAUUUUAUUGGGUGAUAAAAGUUAACGGAGUGCGUUGUAUAUUUG